CCAAUUUUUUUAAAACAAAAUCCCAUUUCUGGAACUAAAUCUCUAAUCCUUUCAAAACACUUACUCCAUUUAGAAAAUCUUCUAUUUUCUGUUCUAAUCAUUUUCUGAAAAAAAAAAAGUGAAAUAAUGGAACUUCUUACCCAUUUUUCGGACCCGUACCCGUUCUACUCCGCGAAUGACGCCCCGGAGACAUCAUCGAUGUCGGACGCCGGAACGACUGCCGGAGGUCGAGCUUCUCAUUCAGAUGAAGAAGUUAUAUUGGCUUCGAAUAUGCCCAAGAAGAGAGCCGGAAGGAGGGUUUUUAAGGAGACUAGGCAUCCGGUUUAUCGAGGAGUUCGUCGGAGGAACAACAACAAGUGGGUUUGUGAACUCCGGGAACCAAACAAGAAGACGAGGAUAUGGUUAGGGACUUAUCCGACUGCUGACAUGGCUGCUAGAGCACAUGAUGUAGCUGCUUUGGCAUUCAGAGGGAAAUCGGCUUGUCUGAACUUCGCGGACUCUGCAUGGAGGUUACCGGUUCCGGCUUCGAAGGAUGCUAAGGAGAUAAGGAAGGCAGCCAACGAGGCCGCCGAAGAGUUCCGGCCGAAGGAGUUCGGUGGUGCUUGUGGUGAGUGCACUACUGCAGAAGAAGAGUCAACAACCACGAAGGAAAUGGAGACGAAAGAGAAAACGUUUUAUAUGGAUGAAGAGACUGUUUUUGAUAUGCCAAGGUUGAUUACGGAUAUGGCAGAAGGUCUUCUACUUUCACCACCUCAUUAUUUGACUAAUGAUUUAAUCAAUUGGGAUGAUGAUGCAAAUGCUGAAGAAGUUUCACUUUGGAGUUAUUCCUUUUGAUUUGUUGUACAUGAUAGUAAGAAUAACUAGGAUUAGUGUGACUUAAUAAUUUCACUUGUUUUUUUUUUUUUUUUUAUUAAGAUUUGUGAUUGUUUCCCAUUCUUAAGAUGUUCAAAUUUUCUUUGGAUUGGAGAUAUUCAAAUUUGCGUUGUAUUGUAUUGGACGUAUAGGGGUUUUUAGAAAAAGAGAAGAAAUCAUGAAAUUGUUUUUAAUGGUAAAUACAAGCAUAUUUUUUAUUAGUAUAAA